GUAAGAGCGGUUGUCUGGCAGUCGGAGGGUUGCCGGUUCGAUCCCCGCCCUGGGCGUGUCGAAGUGUCCCUGAGCAAGACACCUAACCCCUAACUGCUCUGGUGAAUGCGAGGCAUCAAUUGUAAAACGCUUUGGAUAAAAGCGCUGUAUAAAUGCAGUCCAUUGAAUAAUUCAUUUUCCAAAUACCGUUGGACUUUGCUUUAAAAAUAAAGUGUAGUGUAUCAUCCCUCUGAGUUAUUACAGUCUCUAUUUUAAUGCUCUUUAAUUACUUGAUUGAAUGAUCGAGAAAACUUGCAUGGCCAAAAUGAAAAUUAAACGGUCGUUAUCAUUAGAGAUGUCUUCUCUGAACAGAUUUGGGUGUUAUGACAUUUAUAUACCAGGAGGUGUCAGUGUUGUAAAAGCCUGUCUAUCGGCGCGAACGGCAUUUUUACAUUAUCUGAAGAAGAGGACGACAGUCAUGUUGUAGGAGUGUUGUUGAUGCCUCCGAAUAUCUGUUUGUCUCCAUUUAUUCAUUUACAGAGGUGAAUUGCUUAUUGGAAAAUUAAUACAGGUACUAACAUUCUCAAGGUGUGUCAACACCUUGCCCGUCUGGAGGAGUUACAUCAGUGGUUUCCUGUUCCUAGGCAUCAUGGGACAUGCUGAAAGACAGGGGGUGAGGGACCCAACAACAACAACAACAGCCGUUAAGACUUGCUGAAAGCUGUCCAGGGCUUCAACAUUAAAGCAAAGAGAGACUGAACAGACUGAAGGAGACCUCAGGGACAGCCUGGGCAUGGAUGAACUGCACAAUAAAAGCUGCAAAAUCAAUAAGGCUCUAAAAAGGCUUGAUCCAAUAGCCUAAUGGGAGAGCUUUGGAUACAAAUGUUUAUGAGCCAUUACAGUUUUCCUAAUGUGGCCAGAAAACAGCUGUCAUUAAAACAGCUGCUGUCUUUGGACACCUGGACGGACAUCAGGAAACCUUAAAAAAGGAACGACCAUGAGUCCAUGCUGGGAAAGAAACAUGUCCUCACUGAUCCGAAGUCUUCUACCAAAUGCCAAUGCUGCAGAUAGUCCGUCAUCUUCCUCGCAGGUAAGCGUACUUACUGAGAUUCCUAAGCAACAAAUCCGUCAUGUUCCUCAGCUAAAAUGGAAGGCAAAUUGUGAUUUAUAUCAUAAAAAGUGUUAAAUAUUUCAGUUUUCAAAGUUUUGCAAUGACAUCAAAAUUGCCUUAAUGACCUUAAUGACAUUUCAUCACAAUUAAAUAUGGUGCCUAUGUACUGUACAAGAGAUUUUCAUCAGUCUUUUUUUGAUGAAACACUGAUGUGUGUAGCAGAGAGAGACAAUGGUGUUACCAGAUUUCCCUUAGUUCAAUAUUACAGUGGUUUAUGUAUGCAUUGUGGGUUAUCUUGUCAAGUCUAAGCCUUUUGCCAUCACCUCUGCUAGUGUCAAAGUGCAUGUCAGACAGCCCUUGUCUGUAAGGUGAUCCUAAUGUUUUAAAUAAUGUAGAGCUCCACAGACUUUAAGGUAAAGUUUUACCCUGUCCAGUGUCACGUUUCACCUGGCUUUCUCUUCUGGUCACGUGACUCUGGACGCUGUGGUAAUUAUUCAUGAGCUCGCAGUGUGACUUCCGUCAGCUGAGGGAGGGGAGCCUCAGGCGGAGGUGUCUGCUCGUCGUGCCAGGGCGGUACCCAAGGUUCCUUGCGCGCCAGUUCACUCCUCGCCGGGUGCCAGGUUGCCGUGGCGUCACAGGUCAGAUUAAUUGUGUUUCAUCCGGAAUUGAGUAAAUCGGUUAAAGUUACAGGGCGCUGAAUGAAUAAAAGAUGCCCACGAAGAAGAAAAAAACAACCGCAAGGACAGAGGAAACCGAAGAGGCGGAUGAUGAUGUUGAUGAGUCUCAGUCGAAACCCAAGCGAAAGAGCAAAUCAGUUGCUGAAGAGAAGAAGAGCAGGACCAGAGAAGAAGACUCAGAGCCAGAGACCCCAGAAUACGAUGAGACAGAAAGCAGGAGAACGGAGGAUGCCACACCGAAGCUAAAGCAGAAAAAGAAGAAGAAGAAGAAGAAAUCUGAAGAAGAAGAGGAAGGAGAAGACUCAGAACCGGAGACCCCAGAAUACGAUGAGACAGAAAGCAGGAGAAAGGAGGAUGCCACACAGAAGCUAAAGGAGAAAAAGAAGAAGAAGAAGAAAAAAUCUGAAGAAGAAGAGGAGGGAGAAGACUCAGAGCCAGAGACCCAGGAACCCCCCAAAAAAAGAAAAGGGGAUGCCAAUGGGAAGCUAAAGGGGAAGAAAAAGAACUCAGAAGAGGAGGAAGGAGAGUAUGGCGAGGGGACCAGCGAUGACACGGAGAGCCAGGAUCAGCGCGACAGAAAUGACGCAAAGACCAGGCCCAAGAAAACUGGAACUGAGGAUGACGAGGAAGUGAACAAGGUCUCCAAAAAGGACAAGAAGAAAAAGCCGUCCACCGAGAACGACCCGGAGGACACCAUGGGGGCCAAGGACAAGAAGAGCAAGGAGGGCGGCAAGAAGUCCAAGAAGGAGUCCGACAAGGAUGAUGAAGAGGAGGAGGUCCAGGAGGAAGAGGGCAACAAGAAGAAAAAGGCCAAGAAGGGCAAGAAGGGCUCCGGGGACAGCGACGAGGACAACAAGAAGGGAAAGGGCAAGAAGUCCAAAGUGAAGCAGGUGGACUAUGUGGAGAUCUACGAGAACGAGCUGCGGAAUUAUACGGAAACGGCCGAGGGGUACGAGGACGAGUACCACAAGAAGAAAGUGUAUGAGGUGGUCACCAUCACUGGAGAUGUCCGCGGGGCGGGCACAGACGCCAAUGUGUUUGUCACUUUAUUUGGAGACUAUGGCAUCACUCCCAAGGUGCACCUGGCCAGCAAAAACCGAACGGCAUUUGAGAAAAACAAAACCGACGUUUUCAGGGUCAAAACAAAUAACGUCGGACCGAUACAAAAGAUAAGGAUCGAACACGACAACACAGGCCUGAGUUCCGGAUGGUUCCUGGAUCGGGUGAUGGUGACCGACAUGACCCGACCCCACCUGCGCUUCUACUUCGCCUGCAACAACUGGCUGAGCCGGGAGGAGGGGGACGGCCUCUUUGUGCGCGACCUGUUGGGCACCCUCGAUCCCAUGGACAUGCCCAAAUACAACAAGUACAUUGUGAGCGUAUUCACUCCGGACGUGAAGGGGAGUGGUACAGACGCCGACGUCUUCAUUAAUAUUUUUGGGGAGAACGGUGAUACAGGGGAGAGAAGGCUGGACAACGAUAAAGACAACUUUGAGCGCGGGACAGAGGACAAGUUCACCAUGGAGGCCCCGAACCUGGGGAAGAUCAGGAAGAUCACCAUCGGCCACAACAACAAGGGCUCUUCCGCCGGUUGGUUCCUGGAGAAGGUGCUGAUCGAUGACAUGGGGCACAAGGCCCUGUACGAGUUCCCCGUGAACCGCUGGUUCGCCGUAGACGAGGACGAUGGGAAGAUCCAGAGAGAUAUACUGGUGGGGGGCAGCCAGCCCACCGGCAUCGUGUACAACGUCCACGUGGUGACGGGAAACCUGCGAGGCGCCGGGACCAACUCCAAGGUCCACAUGAUCAUGCACGGCUCCAAGGGCCUGAAGAACAGCGGGAAGGUCUUCCUGGAGGGCGGCAAGUUCGAGCGGGCGCUCACCGACAUCUUCAAGGUGGAGAUCGCCGCGCUGCUCAGCCCGCUGAGCCGCGUCACCAUCGGUCACGACAACGGCGGCGUCAGCGCCGGCUGGUACUGCGAGAAGGUGGUGGUCUAUUGCCCAUUCACGGGGAUCGAGCAGACCUUCCUGUGCAGCAGGUGGCUGGAUGAGAACGAGGGGGACGGACUGAUCGAGAGGGAGCUCUACGAGAUGGUCUCCCUGCGUCAGAAGAGACAGAAGAAGCACCCGUGGUCCCUUUGGAUCUGGACGUCUGAUGUGAAGGGGGCGGGGACUGACGCGCCCAUCAGCCUGCAGAUUUACGGGGAGAAGGGGAAGUCAGACGAACUGAGGCUGAACAACAACUCUGACAACUUUGAACAGGGGCAGUUGGACAAGUUCAUGAUCGAACUGCCAGAUUUGGGAAAGGCUCGGAAAGUCCGUGUUUGGCAUGAAAAGAGACACCCCUUUGCAGGUUGGCAUUUAGACAAGCUCACUUUGAUGAAGACGUUGACAAAGGACAAGUACACGUUCCCAUGUGGCCGCUGGUUGGACGUCAACGAGGACGACAACGAGAUCAUCAGGGAACUUCCCGCUACGGGGGAACAUAUUCCUACACCUCUGACACUGAUAAAGUACCGCAUUACGGUGUACACUGGAAACCACAGCGGGAGCGGCACGGACGCCACGGUCUUCCUGUGCCUGAUCGGCGACAAGGGGGACACCGGCGACCGGGUCCUGAUGAACUGCAAGAACAACGUCAACAAGUUCGAGAAGGGGAACAUGGACGAGUUCAUGAUCGAGGCGGUUUCCCUGGGGAGGAUUCGAAGAGUGCGGAUCGGCCAUGACGGCCAAGGCGGGGGCUCUGGCUGGUACCUGGACAAGGUGGUGGUGAGGGAGGAGGGGAAGACAGAGAACGAGGCCAUAGAGUUCCCCUGUGACAGGUGGCUUGAUCGAAAUGAGGAUGACGGUCAAAUAGUUCGAGAGUUAGUGCCAACUGCAGAUGGACAGCGUCUUUUCACCAUAAGCUACCACAUUUCGGUCAAGACCGGCAGCAUCAGCGGUGCCAGUUCCGACUCCAAGGUCUUCGUCAAACUGUACGGAGACAAGGGAGACACCAGCAAGAUGAUGCUGGUGGUCUCUGACAACAACCUCAGCAACUACUUUGAGACCGGACGCAUUGACAUCUUCACCAUUGAUACCUCUGAUAUCGGACAGAUCAGCCGUCUCCUGAUUGGACACACCAACGAAGGCCUGAGAGCGGGUUGGUUCCUGGACAGCGUGCAGAUCACCGUUCCUGUCCACGGAAAGCAGUACAUGUUCCCCAGCCACCGCUGGCUGUGCAAGGACGAGGCCGACGGGAAGGUGGAGGUGGAGAUCUACCCCAGCGAGAUUUUGGAGAUCGAGAAACUGGUUAAUUAUGAGGUCACGGUGGUCACUGGCGAUGUUCGUGCAGCCGGCACAAAUGCCAACAUUUUUAUCCAGAUUUAUGGGGACCUUGGGAAGACCGACUUAAUCACCUUGAAGAGCCGAUCAAACAACUUUGAGAGAGGAACCACGGAGAUAUUCAAGAUAGAGGUCAAAGAUGUGGGGAAGAUCUUCAAGAUCCGAAUCGGCCACGACGGAACAGGCCUCGGCAGCGGCUGGUUCCUGGAGACGGUCCACAUCAAGCAUCUGAUCAUGGGCAUGGUCCAGAAGGAGGUCAAGAAGGACGACAAAAAGGACAAGAAGAAGAAGAAAAAGAAGAAGGAGGAGGAAGAGGAGGAGGAGGAGGCCGUGGCCGAGAUGCAGGAGAUAGUGCAGACGUGCUCUUUCCCUUGUCAGCGCUGGCUGGCCCGGGACGAGGAGGACAGCGAGCUGGUCGUGGAGCUGCUCCCAGAGGAAGCAGAGGACCUGGAAGUGAACACAUAUGAAGUGUACGUCUACACGGGCCGAGUGGGAGGAGCCGGAACCGACGCCAACGUUUACAUCAAUAUUUACGGGGAGAACGGAGACACGGGCGAGCGGUGGCUGAGGAAGUCCAACCACUUCAAUAAGUUUGAGAAGGGCCAGGAGGACAUUUUCUCCAUCUCAGCCAUUGACCUGGGGACACUGAAGAAGCUGAGAAUUCGCCAUGACAACUCUCAGCCUCAGUCGUCAUGGUUUUUGGAUCGCGUGGAGAUUGUGGACGGCAAGGAUGACACCAUUUAUUACUUCCCCUGUCAGCGCUGGCUGGCUGUGGACGAGGACGACGGCCAGAUUGCCCGGGAGCUGGUUCCGGUGGACGAGGCCUUCAUGAAGAAGGACGAUGAAGACGAGGGCUCGGGGGCUACGCUGGGGCUGGAGCAGAAGGCCAUGUCACGAACCUAUUCCCUCAGAAUUAAGACGGGUGAUAAGAAAUAUUCUGGAACAGAUGCCAAUGUGUUUGCUAUUCUCUUUGGAGAAAAUGAUGACACAGGAAUAAUAAACCUCAAAGCCUGCAAGUCGCACAAGAAUAAAUUUGAGCGGGGAAUGAUAGACGAGUUCACAGUGGAGGCCGUGGACAUCGGCGCAUUGAAGAAAUUACGCAUCGGCCAUGACAACUCAGGGGGCUCGCCGGGCUGGUUCCUGGACUGGGUGGAGAUCGACGCCCCCUCCCUCGGUGAGAAGCUGCGGUUCCCCUGUGGCCGUUGGCUGGACAGGGGGGAGGACGACGGGCUGGUCGUCAGGGACCUGUACCCUGCUGACCUGCAGACUGAGCUCUACACCCCAUUUGUGCCUUAUGAGAUCACCACGUUUACAAGCGAUAUCUUCGGAGCAGGGACGGACGCGGACGUGUUCAUCGUCCUUUAUGGACGAAAAGGGCUGGGCACCCAGCAGAAGUACCUCUGCGUUAACAAGCGGGAGAGGCGGCUGUUUUUCGAGAGGAACGCUGAAGACAUGUUCAUUGUGGAGCUGGAGGACGUGGGGGACGUGAUAGAGAAGAUCCGGAUCGGACACGACAACCGGGGGACGAAUCCCGGCUGGCAUCUGGACCGGGUUGAAAUCAGAAGACUCCUGAGGAAAGGGAAGGGGUCCGAGACCACCAUAUUCUACUGCGAGCGCUGGCUGGCCAAAUCGGAGGACGACGGGGAGACCGUGAGGGAGCUGGUGCCUUCCGAAAUCAUCCAGGAGAAGCUGCUGAGGGACGGGACCCUGAAACGCACGGAGACCGACGUGGAGGACGCCCUGGAGACUCACACGUACAAGGUGUCCGUGAUGACGGGCGACGUGCAGGGGGCGGGCACCGACGCCAACGUGUUCCUCACCAUCUACGGUAACCUUGGAGACACGGGGGAGCGCAAGCUCAGCAAGUCCGAGAGCAACAAAAACAAGUUUGAGCGCGGAGCGGUGGACAAAUUCUCCAUUGAAGCGGUGGACUUGGGCGAGAUCUUCAAGAUCAAGGUUCGCCAUGACAACACCAUGGUCGGGGCCGACUGGUACCUUGAUCAGGUGGAGGUUGUUGACGUGGAAACGGAGGAGAUUUACCUGUUUCUAUGCGAGCGCUGGCUUUCCAAGAAGAAGGAGGAUAAAAGAAUUGAGAGGACUUUCUACGUAAAGGGUUAUGAAGGAAAUAGGAACAACUCGCAGAGCUCAAUCAAGAGCAUGAAGAGUUUGGACAGCAACAUGAACAAGAAGAACAAGAAGAAGAAGGAGGAGGAGAUCAUCGAGGAACUCCCCACCAUCCCGUACCACAUCGCUGUGUCCACGGGGCUGGAGCGGGACGCCGGCACCGCGAGCCGCGUCUACGUCAUCAUCAUCGGGCCCGACAUGAUCGAGACCGAGCGGCUCUGGCUGGAGCUGUCCGACGGGAAGACGUGCUUCGGCGCCGGAACGAUGGAGAACUUCGUGUGCGACGGCACCGACGUCGGCGAGAUCAAGAAAGUGGAACUCGGGCACGACGGCGCCACCCCAGAGAGCUGCUGGCUGGUGGAGGAGCUGGCCGUCGCCGUGCCAACCAAAGGGGUCCAGUACAUCUUCCAGUGCAAGUGCUGGCUGGCCAAAGACCGUGGCGACGGGCUCACGGCCCGCGUGUUCAACGUGCUGGACGCCGAGAGCAUCGGCAUCACGCAGAAGAUCAUCUAUGAGGUCACCGUUGUCACGGGCGACGUUCAGAAUGCUGGCACCGACACCCAGAUCUACUUAUCAGUUUUCGGAGCCAAUGGGAACACAGAGGAGAUCCUGCUUGAAAAGAAAGCCGACAGGUUUGAGAGAGGCCAGGAGGACACGUUCAAUUUGGAGAUAGAUGACAUCGCUCCACUGAAGAAGAUUAGGGUUCGCAUUGAUGGGUCCGGAAGCCGUCCCGAUUGGUUCCUGGACAAGAUAAUCAUGAGAAACCAGGUGACGGAGGAGGUGUCGGUCUUCACCUACGAGCAGUGGCUGUCCAAGACAAAGGGGCCCAAGAGGACCAAGAUCUGCGAGCUGGCCGCCGUGGUGGACGAGGAGGAGAUGGUGGAGAUGACCACGUACACCAUCCAGGUGAAGACCAGCGACGUCGGAGGAGCGGGCACGGACGCCAACGUGUUCCUCAUCCUGUUCGGGGAGAACGGGGACACGGGCACCAUGGCACUGAAGACCAGCGGCAACACCAACAAGUUCGAGCGCAAGCAGCUGGACGUGUUCCGCUUCCCCGACGUACUCAGCCUGGGCGAGCUGUCCAAACUCCGGGUGUGGCACGACAACAAGGGUCCUGCUCCAGGUUGGCACUUGGAGUUCAUUGACGUGAAGGACGAGACUAUGGACGAGACGUUUCGCUUCCCCUGCGACCGCUGGCUGGCCAAGAACGAGGACGACGGGCAGAUCAUGCGGGAGCUGGCCUGUGCCAACCACGACUUCCUGGACCUCACUGACAAGACAAAAUACGAAAUUGCCACCACAACAGCCGACGCGACCGACGCGGAAACAAAGGAGAACGUCUGGAUCGUGCUGGAAGGGAGGAAAGGACGUUCAAAGGAAUUUGUGAUGGAGAACUCCUCAAAGAAAAAGAAGUUCCAGCGUGGAGCUACAGACACGUUUGAAUUUUCCUGCAAAAAUCUCGGUGACCUGGCCAGUAUCUGCAUGGGGCAUGCUCCCAAAGACGGCAAAAAAGUAAAGACUGAGUCUUUCUGGCACGUGCAGGAGGUUGUUGUCACAGAGAUGGAGUUGGGAAACAAGUUCAUAUUCCGCUGUGAUGCCCAGAUCCCUCUCUCGUCAAAGAAGCAAGACGCCGUGACCUUCGAGUGCACCAAGGCCCAGGAGAGCUUCGCCAGCAAGGUCCGCAGCCUGGUCCCCGUCAAGUACGAGAUCAUCGUCGUCACGGGCGACCAGAAGGGAGCCGGCACCGACGCCAACGUCUCCAUGACCAUAUACGGGUCCAACGGCGACUCGGGCAAGCGGGCGCUGCAGCAGAAGUUCCGGAACCUGUUCGAGCGCGGACGCACCGACCGCUUCCUGCUGGAGAUGCUGGACCUGGGCGAGCUGCAGCGGGUGAGGGUGGAGCACGACAGCACCAGCUCGUCCUGCGGCUGGCUGCUGGAGCGGGUGGAGGUCACCAACACCGCCAACGGGGUGACCACCGUCUUCCUGUGCGGGAAGUGGCUGGACACGGCGAAGGCGGACGGGCAGAUCCAGAGGGUGCUCUACCCCAAAUACUGACCCGCUUCCCUGGGAGUGUCCUCGGAGGCCACCCCAAACACUGACCCGCUUCCCUGGGAGUGUCCUCAGAGGCCAGCCCAAACACUGACCCGCUUCCCUGGGAGUGUCCUAUUCUGACCCGCUUCCCUGAGAGUGUCCUCAGAGGCCAGCCCAAAUACUGACCCGCUUCUCUGAGAGUGUCCUCAGAGGCCGGCCCAAAUACUGACCCGCUUCCCUGGGGUUAUCCUUAGAGGCCAGCUUUACACUGGUCCAGACUUCAGUGCUGUCUGUCAAGAGAGCCUCCAAAAUCAACUUGCUGCUUUAGUUACUUUUUUUUAUUUAUUUACCUACUUAAGGCCAUGUUCCCUGGACUAAUUUUUAGAAUGAAAUGUUACUGUUUUUAGUCUGGAUGAACCAGUAUGAUUGUUUUUCUAGGUACAAAAAAAAACUAAAAAAACUCAAAAAAUAAUGAUUCCUGUUCCCCAGAACCCACGGGACAGAGACUGGCCCAUAGUAACACAGGGCGCCUAUCAAAAUGAUCCACACUGGUCCAUCGACACCCUCAUCACCACAGGACCACUGGGAAGUAUUUUGAUUGUGUUUUGUUGUUUGUAAGAGGACUUUUAUUUUGAAUUCCAUUCUUUCCUAUUUUUUUAUUUUUUUUUAUUUUUUACAUCUAAUGCUCUCAAAUGAACCUGAUAUGAUUUAGGCCCAUGUUUGUUUGCCUGAUCAUAUACCCAAUUGUGCCACCAUAUUUACCUGAACCCUGGCCCCUGAAAUAUUAGUUUUGUCAUGGGGCACUUCAGCAUCAACAUUCUGUUUGCACUUCAGUAGUAAAUUGAUGGUUGGGGUAAUAGUCUGUAAGCAAUAAUACUGUCUUACAUGAGUUUACACUAAAGAAGGAAAAGAAUUGACAUAUUUGCAGUCUAAUUCAUACAACUGACAGAGAAACAUAUUAUUUUUAACAAAUAAUUUUGACUGGUUUGGAUAUAUAUAGUUUUUUUAUGUUCACGGAGAUUCCUUCAAAUAGUGACAUCCUUCUGACUUAUAUGUGAGUAGCAGAAUAUUUUAGUGUUCAGUUUACACUACGGGUGAGUUUUGAUAUGCGAGGUCUGCAGUAUAAUUUAGCCACAGCCCACAGCCUCUGUGUAAUUAAUCAUCAAGGUUCAAUUGUUUCACCUAAGACAAUUUUGUCCCCACUUAAUCAAGUAUGUGACACAUAGUGUUAAUUUUACACUGUGCCAGCUAAUUCAAAUCUAGAAUUUAGAUUAUGUUAUUGAAAUAUGGGUCAUCAGAUGUCCUUGGUGAAUACAUACUUGUGGUCAAAUUAAUACAGUUAUGUGUUGAAGGUCAGUGAUAUUUUUUAAUAGAUUGUUUAAAGCACGACAUGGAAACAUUAUCUGUUAUCUGUAUCGUUUACAGGAGCAAUGAAUUUGGUGAUUAAAAAAUGUAGCCAUCACAUGAAAAUGCCUGUAGGGCUUCGGCUGUUGCACUGGUAAUUAGUCAUUUACAACUUAUAAAUACCACUUUUUUCAAAUAAGUAUAUCAAAGGAGAUAUUAUUUAAAUAUGUUCUAAAUUCUGUUUCGGCUUAUUGAGUUUGCAAUGAACCCUGCUUUUGAAAUCAGUGCCACAGAUUGAGGAUUUUGAACAAAACAAGUGACUUUUACAGGAUUCGACUAUUUGCCGUACCUACAGAUCGCAAUAAAAAAUGUUUUUGGAAACUUUUAUUUGGAUGUUUCAUAACAGUGAAUUAUAGGGCAAGGGAUCACUAUCCCAAAUCAGAACAAUUGUUUUCAGAACAACUGAAGUUACACUGAAAAAAAUGUCUACUGGUGAGACUGUUAUAAAUCAAUAUGAUAUUAAAUUGUAUAUUGAGAACUAGGAUCAGUUUCACAUUGUCAAAUAAUGAGGAAGAUGUGUUUGCUUGUUUCAGACAAUUUAUUUGAAAACCACAUACAAAAGAAUCAUUUACAAGCCUUAAAAUUAAAAAAAGAACAGAACAGUUUGGGUUUAGCGAUGCAGUUUCUCGUUUAAAUCGUUCUCAUUUGAUAUAAAUACAGUACAAAAUCCACCAAAUGUGAAUCUAAGAUUUCCACACAUUUUUUU